CAACGACACUGUCGCUGAAUCUCCAGUUCAGGUAGGCCAAAGUUUGCCAACGCAGAACUCAUUUUGUGAAAUACGCCACUGUUAAAAUUGAAACUAAAGCCAUUUUUAAGAAAACAUUUCCAUCGUAGAAAUGGAUGGCAAAAUUGAAACUCGAGAAGACGAAGAGCAACGAGUCAAGUUUGAUGAAACAGUUGAGCUGCUUUUAGCUGCUGGAUACUUCCGUGCCAGGAUCAAAGGUCUAUCUCCCUUUGACAAAAUAGUGGGCGGCAUGGUUUGGUGCAUAACUACAUGUGAUUUCGACGUAGAUGUUGACUUGCUUUUUCAAGAAAAUUCAACAAUUGGACAAAAGAUUGCUCUUACAGAGAAAAUUGUUGCAGUUCUGCCCAAGAUGAAGUGUCCACAUCCCAUUGAGCCACAUCAAAUUCAGGGUCUUGAUUUCAUCCACAUUUUUCCAGUUAUCCAAUGGCUUGUAAAGCGAGCUAUUGCAACAAGGGAAGAACUUGGUGACAAAAUAAGGGCAUUCUCCAUAAUGAAGUUUCACAAGCAUCAUACUAUGCCUCAGGAUAUUGAAAAGCUGGAUAAAGUAAGACAGUCAACCAGUGCUGUAAGAGCUGUUCAAGAUACAUAUAAACCAAAACGGGUGUUGAAGAAACCAGAAAACCUAACACAUGCAGAUGAAGAGACUCAAGUUCAGAGCACUUUGCUUGAGUAUGGAAAACGUUAUGGUCUUAGCAAAUCUUCAAAAUCGGAAAAGGAGGAGAAAAUGCAAGAAAAAGCAGCAAAAGCUGGUUUAUUGACAGAUAAGGCCUCUCAAGAAAACACAGACUCUGAGGAGUUUUUAGAGCAGCAGCGAAAGCUAGAAAUGCUUCUUGAAGGUAUGUCUGGAGCAGAUAUGAAAGAAAGUUUGUCCUCACAUUUAGUUGGUUCUAUUGUUGGCUUGCAGUCUGAUGAAAUUGCAAAAAUGGCAGAGGAAUAUGCAAGUAGACAGGCAGGGUUACAACAGACUGGAUCUCAGAAGAGUAGAAAAAUUGAUAUAAAGCAAAUGCAUGAACGACAGGUUGCAGCGAUAAACAAGUCAAUUGAACUGGCUAAGAAUAAGUUAGAAAAGGUGCAAAAAGAUUGGGAAGAAGCAAAAAGCAAUUUGGAAGAUGCAAAGAAAAGUUAUGAUGAGAAAUGUGAGGCACAAAAAGCCACUGAGGAUGCUUUGAUAGAAUUGGAAAAAGAAGAACAAGGUCAAAACAAAGUCAUAUUAGAUAAACUAAGAGGGCUAGUGGCUAUGAAUGAGAAUUUGAAGAAACAAGAACAAGAGUUUAGAGCACACUGUAAGGAGGAAAUGAUUCGUUUACAAGAAGCCAUUGAAAAACUAAAAGAAGAGUCAGCGUUAGAUAGCAUGGAAGAUUCAGAGAGAUUUAAGACUGUCCUGGAGCAGCUUGAAAAAGACAAGAAUAAGCUUCAGAAAAUAAGAUUACUUGCAGCUAAAAGGAACAGAGAAAUUGCUUCUCUACAGUGGAAGAUGGAUGAUGUACCUGCUAGAGCCGAGUUGAAUCAGUAUCAGCAAAGGUUCAUUGCUUUGUAUAACCAGGUAGCUGCAACACACAAGGAAACAAAGCAGUUUUACACUCUUUACAAUACCCUUGAUGACACAAAACUUUACUUGGAAAAGGAAGUAAAUUUACUGACAUCAAUUCAUGACAAUUUUGACCAAGCAUUGAAAUCUUCAUCAAGUUCAAAGGAUCAAUUUUUGGACCAAAUGGAAAAUAUUCUUGCAGGAGUCCUGAAAAACAAAGACACAGUAGAAAAGAGGAAGAGGAAUGAGAAAAUAAAGCGUGAUACAUUUAAUGACCAAUAUCUGCAAAUUGUGGAGCAAGAAAGGCUUUACUUCAAAAGUGUAAAAGAAUUCAAGGAAGAAUGCAGAAAAAGUGAAAUGAUCCAGUCAAAAAUGGCAGCAAAAAGGGACUAAUGGAUCAAAUACUUCUUGAACUGGUUACAAAAUAGACAAAUUUAUUGAUUAAUAUAGAAUGAUCUUAGUUAUAAUUCAUAUCAGAUUCACAAACAAAUUUGAAAUUGAACAAUGUUUUUAUGUACUUUUUGCUGAAAAGUCUUAAAACUUUGGAUUUAUCAAACAUCAUAAAUUGA